CCCUUCACCCAACCUCUCUGCGCUGCGGUUAAUCAGGUCCUUUUCAUAGCGUCAGUAAAUCUGCGCUCCCACCGCGGCUCGGUUCGGGCGUUUUGACGCGCAGCCUUUUUGGAUCACCUCUGUGCCUGAUUUGGACACCGUGUCUUCAACUAAAACAGGGAAGAAUGACAGCCAAACACCGAAAAGGGAAAAGCAACCACAAACAGGAGGAUAAUUUUUUUAAAAGUGAGAUAUUGGAAACAGAAGUUCGCCCAAGUGGAAGCAACCACACUCCCCUGCUGGUGUUUGUUUUAGUCUUUGUGGUCGGCUGCUUCACCGGUGCAUGGUUCUUUUUCCAACAGCACCUAACUUUAACCGACCUAACUGACAAUGUCAUGGGCAUUCAGAUGAAAAUAGCCAAACUGCAGUCUUCUCAUGAGGAGCUCAGGCUGUCAUAUACAAAGUAUGCCCCAGAGAACCUGGAAACACGACUGGCUUCACUAGAGGAGUCUUUUGCCCUGGCUCAGAAACAGGUGGGAAUGGCUUUGGCUACGGCCGAGCAACUUAAGACAUCCGACCUCCCUGCUCAGGUGCUGUCUCUGCACACUGAGAUGAAAACACGACUGGCAGAGGUGCAGCAAGCCACUGUGUCUUUGGAGCAACUGAGCCAUUUGCAGAGCAUGUUGAUGGGAAAGAGUGUGGAGUUUGAAGAUGUCAAGAUGCAGGUGGAGGGUUUGGCUUCUCUUAGUGUGGAACUCUCUCAGAAGGUUGAGGAUUUUUCUUUGAACCUCGCAAAAGUUAAAUCAAAGAUGGAAAAAAGGAUUGUUCAGAUUUCCAAAAUGAGUGCUACAUUGGAUGGACAGACCAGCGAGGUGUUGAAACUCAAGAAUCAACUGGAAACCUUUGAAGCUAAGCUGGAGAACAGUUUACUGGGAACGACUGAUCUGCGGGAGUUGCUUGAAAGUAAAGGACACCAGCUGUUCCUGAAGGCCAGUACAAUGGAACAGGUGGUAGAAAAAAUAAAGCCUCCUGCUGAGAAACUUGAAAAGAUGGAGGCAGAUGCUGGUAAGGAAAAAGAGGUGGCUGAUGAUGAGGCAAAUGAUUAUGAAGAAAAAGGGUUGUCUGCAGCUGAUGAUGAUGAAGGUGAAGAAGAAGAGUUGGCUGGAGGCGGUAAUGAGGAAGAAGAAAGUGUUGUAGUUGGAGACGAGCAAGUAGACAAGGCUGUCAUGAGUGAGGAGCAAGGGGAGGAAACUACAGAGCCUGGAGAGAACGAAGAAGAGGCUGAGGAGCCAGUAGAGCAAGAAGAGGAUGCUGCAGAACCCGUAGAGCAAGAAGAAGAGGCUGAGGAACCCAGAAAGCAAGAAAAGGAGGCUACAGAACCUGGAGAGCAAGAAGAACAGGAUGCAGAACAUGAGGAGCAAGAAGAAGAGGAUGCAGAACACAAGGAGCAAGAGGAGGAGGCUGCAAAACAUGAGGAGCAAGAGGAGGUUGAUGUGACUGAAGCUGAAGACCAUGCAGCUGCUGUGGCUGCAGAAGAGGAAGAGGUACUUGGUGCAGGACCUGAAGAGGUAAAUGAAGAGAAAACUGAAGAAGAGGUACUUACAGCAGCUGAAGAGGAAUGGGAACUCUCUUCAAAGGAAAACCCACCAGCAUCUAUUCAGCAGAAAGAUUAUGCAACAGGAAAUAAGCAAGAGGCAUCUCUAGUGAAUCAGGAGGAAAGGGAGAUGGAAGAAAGCCCUACUGAAGAGGAACUAAAUGAAACAGACCAAGAAAAAUCAUUUCCUGUGCCAGAAAGCAGAAAAGAUCAUAAAGAGAACAUGGGGGAUGAUUCAAAUUCCAUAGAGGAGAAUGAAGGGUCACCAAUGUUUGAUGAAGUUAUGAUGGAUGAAGAACAGGAACUGAACACUGAAGAAGAGCAACAGGAGAGGGAGCAAGAUGAGUUAUUAGAAGAAUUUGCUGUUGUAGAAAAUAAAUGAAGCAAGUAAGAAAAUGUUUUUUUGAAUGUUACAAAAAUUCAUUUGUAUUACUUGAAAAAUUAUGUGGCAUAGCUUAAGCUUUUCAACAUUUUGUCAUGUUUGAUGUCAAAUUUAGGAUUGUAUCUGACAGACCAAUAGAGAACUGAGUGUAAAGUGAAAUAGACAAGCCUUCUGAAAUAAUAAAGACAAUGAUACCAUCAUUUUUUGAAUAUUGGCAACACUUUGGUUUUAUCUACUGUAAAAAAUUAGAGUUUGGAAUCAAUAUUUACAAGUCUUAAAAAACAUUAAGACUUUGGGAAAAGCAAGUCUUUCCCUGUUUUCUCCAGGAGACGGGUAGUGUUAGUUUUCAAAAAAACAUUUUAAAUGUGAGCCAUUAGUUGUUGUUUUUUUCUUAUCUCGAAUUAACAGAGCAUUUUCUUCCACAUGGUUGCUGUGACCCCUCUAAAGGUUGGAUAACUCUAAGAAUGGUUAGACGGUUAUUAUUUCAUCCAAAGGGCUUCUUGAUACUGUUUCUCUCUGCUCUCUAACAAACCCCAGACAUCUUUUACUUAUCAGCUUUAAUCUCUAGAGAUGUUAGAGAAUAUGGUGUAUAAAUGCAGAAAAUAUAGAAAAUUCUGUAUCAUUUUUGUUUUGGUCUGCCAUUUAAUAUCCUAAUAAACCAACAUUUUGUUGUAAUGUCCCAAAAUGUAAAAAAAAAAAGAAAAAAAAGAA